GUGUGUGUGUGGUAUUCUGAAUGAGUGUCAUGUUGUGUCUGUGGGUGGAGCCUUAGACCUGCUGGUGUCUGAUUGGCUGAUGUGUGUAGAGCAUCUGGAGGGAAGAGAUGCGGGCUCAGUGUGUGUGUGUGUGUCUGAAGUGAGGAGCAUCAGGACGGCUGAGCAUCAUGAAGUCGCAGCACAAGUGUGUGGUGGUGUUUGCGCUGGUGUGCUGCUGCGCUGUGCUGAUCGCGCUCAUAUUCUCCGCUGUGGACGUUUGGGGAGACGAGGAGGAAUCCUUCAAUGAGGGCCAGUGUGGACGCAGCUGCCGAGUUCUGCUGCUGGAGAAUAUCCCUGAAGACGUCUCUCUGCCCUAUGAAGACAGCGUUUCUCUGAGAUCUGCUCUGGGGGAUCUGCUGGACCAGGCCCGCCGCUCUGUGGAGAUCGUGUCUCCGAGAUGGACUCUCAAUUCAUCAGACCAAACACACCUUGCUCAGGCCAGACAGGGUCAGCUGUUGCUCCAUCAGCUCAUCUCUCUGCGCUCUCGAUCCGUCAGUGUGAGGGUGGUCAGUGGACUCUCAAACUCCUCCGAGCUCAACACACUCGCUAGAAGGGGUCAGUACAGGGCUUUAUCCAGCAAAACACACUGA